AUGGUUGAUAAAUAAGGAUAUUUAAAAUUAAUAGAUUUAGGUAGUGCUAAAAUAAUGUAAAAUAAUUCAGGAUUUCUUUAAAGAACUUUUACUUUAAUUGGAACUCCACAUUAUAUGGCUCCUGAAAUUAUAUCAGGACAAGGUUAUAGCUAUCCCGUUGAUAUCUGGUCUAUGGGCAUUAUAUUAUAUGAAUUUAUGUGCGGUCAAGUACCUUUUGGUGAAGAAUGUGAAGAUCCUUAUGAAAUAUAUGAAUACAUUGUUAGAAAAGAUAUAUCUUUUCCAUCAUAUAUGGAAGAUUAAUAAGGAUAAAAACUAAUUAGAUAAUUUCUGAAUAAAGUACCAGAAAUAAGAUUGGGAGGUUCUUAUUACAUUCUUAAAAAUAAUGAAUGGUUUAAAAAUUUUGAUUGG